AUGGGUGAUUUCAACUAUCGUGAUAUAGACUGGAAGCAUUGGAUUUCAAGUGCGCCUGAAAAUCAUGUAAGUCAUGAAUUUAUAGAAGCUGUACGUGAUAGUUAUCUUCAUCAAAACAUAGAAUUUUAUACAAGAUACAGAAACGGCCAAAGACCAAGUACUUUAGAUCUUGUUUUCUCAUCAGAAGAACUUUUAGUGAACAAUAUUGAACACUUCAGUCCCCUGGGUAAAAGUGACCAUAUAGUGAUUACCUUUGGUAUUGACUGUAAUUCCAGCAAUGAGGCAUACAUGAAAGAGUCAUUUACUUAUGAUCGAGGAAACUAUGAUGAAAUGAAAACUUACUUGAGUAAUGUUGAUUGGAUAAGUGAAUUUCAAGAUUUGAACAAUAUUCCAUAUAUAAAUGAUAGAAGUUCUGGUAAAAGUAUCUUGGAAGUACAGUUCAAUGAGCAAAUUACCAUGAAAUUACUUGAAAAUCUUAACGUAACUAAAUCAUGUGGACCUGAUUUCUUACACCCUAGAGUCCUGAAAGAAGUUAAGAAUGCAAUAUGUUUACCAUUGACUCUUUUAUUUCAUCAAUCUUUUGAAGAAGAAGAAACACCGAUUGACUGGAAAACGGCAAAUGUGAAAGCAAGACAAAGGGUUGUAAUUGGUAGUGAAAAAUCUCAAUGGACUGAAGUCACCAGUGGUAUUCCACAGGGAAGUGUCUUAGGACCUACACUAUUUUUGAUUUACAUUAACGACAUAGAAGAUGCCAUUGAAGGAACAUUGCGUUUAUUUGCUGAUGAUACAAAACUGUACAAUUUAGCGAAUGAUGAUGCAGAUAUAGAGAAAAUUCAAUCUGACAAUGACAAAUUAAGUAUAUGGAGUGAAAAGUGGUUACUUAAGUUUAAUGCAAACAAGUGCACUACAUUACACUACGGAAAUCAUAAUGUCAAUAAUACCUACCAUCUUAAAGUAAACAACACCAGAAAUGAAAUUUCAAACAGUGAAUCUGUAAAAGACCUUGGAGUUACUUUUGAUGUGAAUAUGAAAUUUAGACAGCAAAUAAAUGAUUGCAUCAAUAAAGGAAAUAAAAUUACAGGACUAAUGAGAAGAACAUUUCUGCAUUUCACAGUGAAAUCUUUCGGGAAAUUAUUUAAAACCCUAGUUAGGCCUCAUCUAGAAUAUGGAAACAUUAUUUGGAAUCCUCGUUUUAAGAAAGACAUCAAUGCAAUUGAAUCAGUACAAAGACGUGCAACAAAACUAGUUGGUCAACUAAGAAAUCUGUCAUAUGAACAACGACUUAAAACACUGAAAUUGCCGUCACUAGCAUAUCGUCGAUUUAGAGGUGACAUGAUUGAAGUUUUUAAAUUGUUACAUCAUAAGGAGGAUAUUAACUAUGAAGUGUUUUUUGAAUUAAAUAACAAUGCAAAUACAAGAGGUCAUGGGUAUAAACUGAAAGUGAAAUCAUGUAGAACUGAGAUUAGAAAGCAUUUCUUUUCUCUACGGGUUAUCUCGGACUGGAACAAUUUACCAGAAGUGGUUGUGAAUGCUCCUUCACUUAAUAGCUUUAAAAACAGGUUGGACAAAUUCAUGGGAGAAACACAGUAUACCACCAUACCGGAUCAGAACUGGGUACAAAACCAUGGGGGGGUUAUAGAAGACGAUGAUGACGUCUUGCGACCUCAACUCCAGUAAAGUAAAGUAAAGUA